GAGGACAAUAUUUAUGAAGCUGAAGUUAUGAAUGUCAAAUACGUCAUCAACGUUUAUGGAUAUAAAUUUAUAAUAACAUUAGAGGCCUUGGAAGAAGAUGUGGUUGGUGUUUAUGAGGCAACCGUCCUAUGCCAUUGUGAUGAUGGCCGAAGAACACUCUUAAAAUUCAUUCAAUUGCCCUGUCCACCUGUUGGUAGGAAAUUCAAAGGGAUGACUGAGCUGGCCCGUGAGAAAUCUAUGUGUCAAGCUGUGAAAGAGCAAAAGAAGGCCAUUAAAACUGAACUGAAAAUAAGAUGCAAUGCUAUGAAAGACCGGAAGAAAGCAAUUAAGUCUGAACUGAAAAUAAGACGGAAAGCUAUGAAAGGUAAGAGGAGAUCCAGAGAAUCAUCUGACUUUAUCUGCUUGAAGAAACAUUAUAAAAUUGUGAAAGGUGCCUGCCACACCUUUGCUCGAUACAGUCAUAUCAUGCCCAUGGACUGGAAGAUUAAAAGGAGUAAUCCAGAUGAUUGGUUUGUUCCUAACAAGAAUACUGGCUUGCAACCAAGAAGUCAUCAACACUCUUGUGGGGGCUAUGAUUACUAUAAUCCGUUGACAGUGUUCUCAUGCUAUACUUAACAUAAUGAUGAUUUGUACACGCAAUUUAAGUGGGGCGAUGGUCACUCCUAUUGAAGCCUACAACUUCAGCAGUCAGCACAUAUAUGAUGGUGGUGGUUCUUGAGUUAUCUAUUUGGCCUUUUGAAAAGAGGGCAUUGUUUGUUUCGAAUCACCGACGAUAGGUUUCGUUUAGAUAUUAUGUCUUGACCCCUAAACUAUCGUCACUUUUUGUCGAUAACCGAGGUAAAGUGGCGGUGCUUUAGUGUGGUUUUGUAUAUUAAGCAUUUUCUCAACAAGAUUUUCAACAUUUGUUUAGAGCAUGAAUGCAUGAUCUAUCUACACAAGUACAUACUAUUUCAUAUCUACUAUUACACAAAUGUUCCUCCCAACUCUAUAUAUCAUUUGUUAAUCUAGGAGUAUAGUUUAAGAAAAUAUUGCAAAUAUC